AUGCGCCUGAUUUUAGCAGUUUUUCUCGGACUGACUUUUGCUCAGUUCAAAAACGAUCGCCUCUUGGCUCGCUUUGAAAAUUCAGCUGUCAAGCUUAAAAAUGCCGAUAAGAAGAAAGGGCCGAACCUGGAAUGUGGCUCUGAUAAAAUUGAAAUCAGCUUCGAAAUGGCAGAACUCGAGGCGAUGAAACUAGGUGUCGACGAUCCAACAAAGAUAUUCUUCAGAGGGAACAAAAACUGCUUCUCGGUUCUCGACGGCACCAAGGAAAUGUUUACAGCACGACGAAACGUGGACAAACACGGUCGGGCUGAUUCAAUCAACCGCCCUGUGACCAACCGGUUCAUUACUGCCUAG